AUGCCGACUAAAUCCUCUCUAACUUAUGAAGUUGGAGCUGUAGAGUAUGACGACUUCAAACCAUCUGAAGCUGUAUAUAUCUUGGGAAGAAAGUACAGCACAUUUCAUGAACUUGAUGACCUGAGGACCAAUAUUACGUCAAAGGUCUGGCUGACAUAUCGAAGGAACUUCCCAGCGAUUAGUGGCACAGACUACACCUCUGACACAGGCUGGGGAUGUAUGCUUCGGUGUGGGCAAAUGGUAGUUGCUGAGGCUCUCGUGCGACGUCACCUUGGGAAAGAUUGGCAGUGGUCACAAGAAACAAAAGAUGAGAAUUACCUGCGUGUCCUGCGCAUGUUUCAGGACAAGAAGAACUGCACGUACUCGAUACAUCAGAUUGCACAGAUGGGCGUUUCGGAAGGAAAGACAGUGGGCCAAUGGUUUGGGCCCAAUACCAUUGCUCAUGUACUAAGGCAACUGUCUGCAUUUGACAAGUGGAGCUCCAUUGCCAUGCAUGUUGCCAUGGACAAUGUUGUAGUGAUGGACGACAUAAGGAAAGUAUGCAGAGUUGAGACAUCAGAUGCUGAGGGUGGUGUUAGAAAUCGGACACAAUCACAUGGACUUGCAGCUGCAGCUGCAUAUUCUUGGAAGCCUCUCGUGCUCUUUAUCCCUCUGAGGCUUGGCCUGAGUGAAAUCAAUCCUAUCUACUAUUGUGGCCUCAAGAGAACGUUUGCACUGAAGCAGUCCCUGGGCAUCAUUGGUGGCAAGCCAAACCAUGCGCUGUACAUCAUUGGUGUUGUUGGUGACGACCUAGUGUUCCUGGACCCACACACCACCCAACUUGCAGUUGACCUGGAUGUAGAGGGUCCCGAGGAUGAGAGCUACCAUUGUGCCCACGCCAGCAGGAUGGACAUUGGCCAGCUCGACCCUUCCAUUGCUCUUUGCUUCUACCUGCCAACAGAAGCAGAGUUUGACAGUUGGUGCAACUUGGCGCACAAACACUUGAUUAGCCAGAUGAAGCAGCCACUAUUUGAGAUCACGGAGCACAGACCAAUCGGUUGGCCAGACUUCACAGAGGAGGUGCAGCGGCUUGAGCAAGAGCCACAAAGCACUGAAUUCACUGUUCUAGAGCAAGAGCGCAAGUAUGACACUUCGGACGACGAGUUUGAGAUUCUCUAAGCUGUACCUAUCUGUAAAAAAGGGCGCUAAACACUCUGCCUGCUUAUUGACUGUUAGCCUUUCUUUGAGGAGAUGCUAUGUACUCUUCAAGCCUGCUGUAUUUAUAAUACUAUGUCAAGUGCUUUUUUUAUAUGCAGGAGGACUUUUGAAUAAAUAUACACCGCCAGUAUUUGUGCAAAAAA